GACCGGCGGAUGGAUCAUCACUAGACGGCAAACAGAAACCAGAGCACAUCUUUAUAUCUGGUACUGGUAGAGCCGACGAGUCCACGUGCGUAUUGAUAUUGGUUGUUACGUCUAAGACAACUCAUUUACCUUUUGACUUACCCUAUAGUUCUGAUAAUUCAAGCAGCUGCGCAGGAGACUCUCGUCUACCAAAGCGAGACAUCAUGGCGAGGCAGCAGGCUGCGCAGUCAUGUUCUUGGGGCGCACGAUCACCCGCUCGGGGGGAUCGUGUCAGGAACAAGAAGAGCAUGCCUUGUUUUCUGCAGCAACUACUCUAUUGCUUCUUCCUCCAGUUCUGUCUUUUUUCGCUGCUACCACCGGCGAACGGCAGACCGCGUAUGCUGCGCCGAGAACCGCGACCGCAGCAGAUUACGCCGGAUACAGAUACCGCGCAGAACCCACCAAAUGUUUCACAACGUGGCAUCGAUGAUGAUCCGAGCGCUGGCCGCGCGGCGGAUACCACUAGUAAAACCAGCAGCAGUGCGAAUUCCUACCCAGAGACGGCGACGAGAAGCACCAAUCCCCCAUCUUCAAUCCUCCAGCAAGUCGAAAUCCAGGGAGGAAAUAAUGCGAAAAUAACCCUCGGCGACCAGGAGCAAGCAAGACAUACACAUAAACAAUAUUCUAGAAGCGAUGUUACGAUUAAUAGAGCAACUGACGAGGAGCCGAACAAUGACAGAGAUGACUCCUUCACUUCGGAUUCUCCCGAUUUCGAGCCGGACCCCCCGGCUUCGUCUCUGUUGCUUCUCUUCUCGGAGCAGAUGCUCGGCGGGCCCUCUGGGGGUCGUGGUAGCUCCUCUUCGCUAUUAUCCACGUCAGAGGCUGCUGCUGCAGCUGCUGCAACGGGCAACAAAAACCAGGAUCCAGGCGACCAGAACUCCGUGGCGACGAACUUUCUGCAGUUGGAGGAACACCAAACAGAAAGACAGAAGGAAAAAGCGGCCUUCAUGUUUGGCCCCGGGUUCAUGAUGGCCCGGAUGGUGAAGUCGUUGCUGAAAAUGUGUGCCGCAGUCGCGAUUUUUGCUGUGUGCUUAAGCUUUUUGAAGGGGUGCUGCACGGCGGAAAACUUCAAUCUGCGAAAUCUACCGGGGGUCGGGAAGUUGUUUUUGAAGUUGGGGAUAGACGAGUUUGAAGAUACCAAGAUUCUCGUGGAAAUCGUGCAGGCGAAAGAUUUGAAAGGUAAAGAUGGAUCUUUUGUUCUAGCGGUCUCAAAAAACUGCUGUUUGAUUUUAUCGCUUCACCACUAAAUUGUUAGUGUGGCGUACUUAGCAAAAAAUCGAGAACAUCAAUGCAACAGGAUCUGUAUCAAUAUAGCAGCCUUUAUUCAUCACAGACAAUGGCGACAUGUAGAAUCACAUCGUGCAUAAUGUUAUACCGCAUGCUACGGCUGUUCAUUUUUUCUCUACACACCAUACCCUCGUGCAUAACGUUAUUCACCACGCUAUUGCGAAGAAUGUUUCGGACACAGGUGAAACUUUAGUGGUGCACCUGCCUAUUAUUGAAGUUGUAUUUCGUCUUUCAGAAGUUUACCACUCAAAAUAAAAAAUCCGCACAGGUAAAGGCGAGAAAUCCAUGCUGCUCAGCGAUAACCAAUUUACCGCUACCGUCGCGUUUUGGUACGAAAAAUUCGAAACGGAUCCGUCAGUGAAAUGCGACUUCGGGCAAACGAGGAUGAUGACCAUCCCCCAGGGCGCGUCGACGACAACCUUCUCUGCAACUUCGAUCGGGACUGUGUUUAUGCACAUGGAAAUUCAACAUAUCAACGAGGAGCGUUGUACUGCAUGACAAAUUUUGAUGUUGGUACCGCCUCAAAAGCGAAGUCAAAGAGGUCAUAGAUUAUCUAUGACCUCUUUGAACUAUCUGAUAGUUCAGGAGUAGUCGUUCCUGUUCAAAAGUGCACCAGUCAUAUAAUUGUAAUGCUAGUGAUAGAAGAAGAAGAUGACUUGGUGGAUUUCCUGUGCAUACUCCCGAACACCCAAAUCGGUGCCCUAACCGUGAAGACGAAGCGGGAUAUUUUGGACCGCGAGAAGUCCUUCUGGGGCAGCAAGCAGACCUACCGGCUGAAGUCCCUCGAGGAGAAUGGAAAGAUGGCGGGCACCCUGAUCGUGAAGUUCCGAAGGCUGUCCCCCGAACAGGAGGCAAACUACUUCACACCCUUGGUCAAGGGAAUCGACAACGAGUCUGGGCUAGGCGCUGAGUGCAUGAAGAUUGCGCUGAAACUGAAUCUCCCCGACACGUUGCGCAACAUCGAGGGAGAGCUAAAGUGCCGUAUCCUCGGGGAAGUGUUGCACGGGCAGGUGAAAGAAGUAGAUAAGGGCGUAGAACAGUAGGGAAUGAAAUUUUAUUUUCUUGCACGUAGAAGUUCACGCACACACGACAACGACCACAACGACAACGGGUCGUUCAUAUUAUCCUCGAAAGCAUGACGCAUCUGUACUGCGAAAUUUUUUAAAGUGGAGACUUAAUUAAUAAACCGUAGAUAGAAGAUUGAACCCCGCGCAGGGCUGUCGUGUGUACGUGUUCUAGAACUAGUGCGGGCGCAAAAUUACCCUGCAUACUCCGGAAACCAUGUACAUGAAAGUCCAGUACUGCGCCCUGGGUCGCGUGGACUUCUCCGUGCGACAGAUGGAGGCGCAGAAGGCCGCCAAGAAGGGCUUGAAUGCCCCAAAGAAGAGUUUCUACUUCUGCGUCUACGAGUCCAAAAAGAUUGCGGAGUCCAUGGCCCGCGAACCGGUCGUUUUCACGGCCAUCAGCAGUGUGAAGCAUGUGAAACCCAGCACGAAGCGGGUGGACGAGUUCACGGUGAAGUGGCAGGUGUCGAAACACCAGAAGGAUGACGACGACGGCCCGGAUACCGACGACGUCACUUUGCGAACCAAGGACAAGGACCGAGACAUCAUCGUGGAAGCGCUCGACCACUUGCAACAGGAACUCCUCCAUGUGAACGAUAUGCAAGAAAUUGAUUGCGAUGAUGUGUCCCGCUGUUUUUGCGGGUUCCAGGCAGCUCUUUUGCAGACGUGCAUUCAUCUUCCACGACUCCUUGAAAAGACUUCUACUUACUUAUCAAGGCACUUCUGCUAUCCACACUUAUCAAGGCACUUCUGCCCUCCGGGCGCGGCUCAGACACAUUUUGUUUCUUUCUUUCGGAACCGAGUUUAUUGUCGUUGUGCAUGCAGCAAGAAACGCGUUCCCCCCUCGUAUCUUUUCAUGUUGUCCUCAGUAUAGUACUCCUCUUGCGGACCUUGAAAUAGAAAUCAGGGAUCUGCUCCUUAGCGGGACACAUCAUUGUGUAAGUUGCGGCCGUUCAUACACGACAGCAAGGACACGCAGCAGGAAACGGCAGAGAAGAAGACGGACUUUCAGAAGGUGAGCCAGCAAGCCAUCGAGGCGAACGGUUGCCCCUCGACCGCGGAGGACUGGACGGGUUGGCACGAUCUCAUGACCAGCCAGGGCGCCGAUGAGAACACGGUGAAGGAAAUCUACCGGGAUCUGGCCCUGUACAUUGAGAACGAAAAAAUCGACCAGGAGUGGAAGAAAAAACUGGAACCGAACCUGCAGAAGGAACACGAGUUCUACGACGACGCGACCUUCUGGCGCCGGGACCUGCCCGGGGCAAGUCCCGUGCCCCCCGGGGAGGCCCCGAUGCCGCCGCCGCCCGUGUUCCAGAACUACUUUGACGCGCCGCCACCGCCAAAUGUGGCCGAAGUAGACGGCUUGGCGCACAUCGACAUCACCGGCCCGCCGCCCAAUCUACAGGGACCCGCAACGGUGAAGGGGAAGGGAGGGAAGGUAUUUCGCCGUGUAUGCAAAGAAAAGUAGGACUAGGAUGCUAUAUUUGUUAGGACUAUCGUUUUUUUAGCUGUAAUGUUCACUGUGUUGAGCGUGAAGACUCAGAGAGAUGCCAGCACUGCAUCGCUGCGCUCGUUAUGAAAGUGCUGACAAAUAAAUUGAUGUCCAAAUACCAGGCCGCCGCCAAAGGCACCCAGAAGCUUGGUCCCGUGAUGCCGUCCGGCGGAGAUCAACUAAUGAAGGGCGCCGUGAUAUGCUGGGUAAGAAGAUCACUCUCGCUCUCAAACUCAAUCUCAAUCUUUUGUAAACGCAAAAGAAACACGAGUGUGUAGCCCACACCUGCUCUUCCUCUAUAUGUUUAUGCAUGGCUGCACCACAAUCACAAAUUCAGCUUGAGGGCGAUUUUCCAUAGGACACACGAAGAACCGGCAGCAACUCGCGCAGCAGCAGCUUCAGGUGCAGAAAAAGGGCCCUAUCGGAGGCCAGCAGCCCGAUUAUGCGCAGCUCAACGCGGGAGUAGCGAACGCGCACCAGAUGCGCAAGAUGCACGCCGAGGGCGAGGCGGUGGACGCCGGCGGAGGUGGAGGGUUUUUCGGUCAAUUGGGCGGAAUGAUUGACGGUUUGUUCACAAGUCGCGGGGAGGGGGACGCACAGUCGCCGGCGAACUACGGUACGGGUGUAGUACUCCAGUCCGGAUACGACAGUAAUUAUGCGGGAGAGGAACAUCAAGUCCAGCUUGUGCACCCCUUCCUUCUCCCCAAACUGAUCCGUCACACUGGGGCCGCGGACUGGCCGGGUCUGGGGUUUACGGGCUGGGAGCAGAAGCAGGUGGAUGACCAGGUGUUACAUGACCCAAGCCUUUCCGGCACCGACAAAAUCGGGCACUUGUUCGGCUUUCAACUGCACUGGAACUCCUACCCUAAGCUGUUCGUUUCCGCCGUGGCGCCGAAUUCCCGGGCGAAUUCCGUCGGCGUGAACGUGGGGGACAUGCUCCUCGCCGUAAACGGCCAGAGAGUCGGCGGGAAGAUGUUGUUUCCAGUACUAGCAGACAGUGCGACAGGUGGUAGUUCACAAGUCUCUUCUUUCUCCCACCCGGAUGACGCAGUCGCGAGUUUCAUCAUGCAGAGCCACCUGGAGACGGCGGCCCAGCAGCAGCAACAGCCGAAGCCGAUCGGCAAGGCGAAGCCGGUCGCGCAAAAUUUUGUUUCCUUCCUCUUUUUGCAGCGACGGUUCCAGAGCGAGUACUUGCAGCUGGAACUAACCGAGCAGGACUUGGGGCUUUCCGUGAACGCCAACAGCGCCAUCGCCUACGUCCACCUGGGCGGCUGGGCCGGGCAGCACGGGCUGCGAGCGGGGGACGAGUUUUUGAUGGUCAACGAGGAGUUGGUGGUGAACAACCAAAAUUUGCUCGAGCAGUUCUUGAACCAACCCCGAACCGGACACCCGCUGCAGCUUUUGCUGCGGAGAAGGGGUGGAUUUGAGGAACAAAUUUUCCAGCACGAGGCCUUUGUCGAGAAACCGCUUCCGGUGGAUUGGGAGCAGGCGUUGAGCCGGCCCCACGACGACCGACGGGAAAGUGUGCGGGAUCCUACAACCGGUAUGCCGGUCCUGGACUUGUCGGAACUGGAAAAUGAUUUGGAGGAAAAACAGCACUACAACGCAGAAAUGGCCGGGGUGCUCGGAGCGGCGGCUAAAUCAGUGAAGGGGAAGAAGGGGAAACAGGCGAAAACUGGUCUGAAGGGAACGAGACAAGAACCGGGAUUCGCGGCCUUUGGCCUUGCUCCGGGUGCGGUAGCGGUCGCUUCGCCGAAGAUGUUUGCAGCGCGAAAUAAAGGCGGUGUGUUGUCGACGCCGUCUCCACCGAAGCAUACUGCAGUUACCUUCUCGCCCGAUACGUAUCAUCAUGACGUUGAUCAUAGUCACAUGUCGCCUGGAGGUGGAGAACCACACCCGCAAGAACUGCAUGAUGAACACCUCGCUCAUUCGCCGCCGGCAUCACAUCUUCACAGCCCCCCGGCCGCAGGACUGCGGAAAAGCCCUCCAUCAGCAGGAGCACAUCUUCCAGGAAAGAAGAAAGGGAACAAGGGCAAAGGAAGCAAAUCAUCGCCUUCCAACGCGACCUUUUCUGCAAGUCCGAAUAGCAAACUCUCCUCCUUUCCACCCUCGAGCCCGGGGCCAGUGAGUUCCAAUUCUCCUCAUAGCCCAGCUGGGGCGGGCGGAGAAGAAGAGCAGCCUUUUCACAUCCCACCCCCGCGGCCCCCGGGCUCUCCUCCACCGAAGGGCGGCGGCUGGGGGGCGCUCGUCGGGAAAGACAAACGGGUGGAAGAAGAACAAAGACAAGCCGCGGAAGAGGAAGCCCUGCAUGCGGGCGACCGGGCGCUGGAAUUACUGGAUCAACACGAUAAUGACCCGACCGGGAAGAAAGCGGCAAAAAUGGAGAAAAAAGCCGGGAAGAUGGCCAAGAAAAAAGGGAAGGGAAAGGGGAAAAAGAAGGGAGGAAAGCACCACGAGUCCGACUGAAAUUGGCCUUUUCCGGUUGCACUCUACGGUCUUUGCGACGUUUGUUUCUUGAAACUUACUUUUUGUUUCAUGAUCUUGUAAGAUGAUAUCGACGUUUAUUUCCUCCCUCUUGUACAGCGAACUACAAGGGAAUGCGGUUCUGUUCACCUCCCGGUGCGCAAACUGUUUGAAUGUACUUUACAUGUGAACUCAUUUUCAAGAAACAAGUUUCGAAAGUUACGAAUAUUACCCAUGUACGAAAAACCAAUACAACACCUUGUAUCAUCUUUCUCUUAGCUAUCAAUCCCUAUGGUUGCUUGUGGGCAGCGACGGGAGGUGACCAACACAAGCAAAAACGAAGGCCAA